AUGUUCGCCCUCCAACAGUUACUCUACGGAUUUCCCGAACCGGCUCCGCAUAAACGAAGCAAGCCCCUUGAGGUGCUUUGCUUGGGCUUACCACGCACCGGAACUGAAUCCCUAAGCGUGGCCUUACGGACUCUGGGCCUGCCAACAUAUCAUGGCUGGGACGUGGUGUUCGAGACAGAUGGCAGCAAAUUGCAGCACUGUACUGAGCUAGUGCGGCGGAAAUACAACGGUGCUCACGAUGGCGACGUGCAGAUUACCAGCGCGGAGUUCGACAUUAUCCUCGGUGAUCACCAGGCCGUCGUUGACUCCGUGUCUGUUUUAUUCGGUCCCGAGCUUUUCGCCGCCUACCCAGACGCCAAAGUGAUACUCAACGUGCGUCCGGAUAUAGACGCCUGGUACCGCAGCAUCGACAAAACCAUCGCCCAAGGGAUCGGUCAAUCAUGGACUCUGUGGGGGAUGCAGUGGUUCUGCCCGCAGAUUUAUUGGCUUUACAGUCUUUAUUUAAGAUAUGGAUAUCCAGGCGUGUUUCGUGGCGUGCCUGGCACAGAUGGUAUCCAGCGAAACGCAAAGUGGGUCUAUCGCGACCACUGCAACAUGGUCCGAGGAAUGGUGCCGAAGGAUAGGUUGCUUGAGUGGUCCGUCGAUGAUGGCUGGGAGCCGCUCUGCAAGUUUCUCGACAAGCCUGUUCCCGACGAGCCCUUCCCCCGAACUAAUGCUCCAGGAAAUUUCGCCGAGCGGAAAGAUGAACUCGUCAAAAGGUGCCUCGUUCAAUGUGUGCGCAACUUGACUCUCACCUCUGUGACUCUUGGCGGGAUUACCACUGCUAUUGUAAUGUGGUGGCAGGGACGGAUCCCGGGGGCUAUAAGUCUAAGCGACCUCCUCAGGCGAUUCACCAGAAUGACCUAG